AUGGCAUCACUGGACAUUGAAAACUCUACAUUUCCUGCAAACACUGUCGUGACAGCGGGAGUCGUAUCUGUCUUUGAAGGCAAUGAGAAGCACAUCACCAUUAUCUCUGUGCUCUACAUCAUCAUAGCCAUCAUUGGAAUGCUGGGUAAUAUAUUUGUGUUCGUCGCCGUAGCGCUUUCAAAGAAACUUCACACAUUCACUAACGUUUUUGUGGUCAACUUGAGCGUGUUUGAUUUCUUGACUUGCUUCGGAUUGCCCUUCCAGGCCGUUGGCAUCACGGCUACCGACGAGUGGCCACUCCCUCCUGCCAUAUGUACCAUCAUCGCAGCCAUGGCGAUAGUUACGCAGUCAGGAAGUGUCAUCACGCUGGCUCUGAUAGGAGUCAACCGCUAUGUCCUUAUUGUCAGACCAAAGGAAGUGUACUCUAGAAUCUACACACAUUGUAAGGUCGGGGUGAUGAUCGCAGGCACGUGGCUCUUUCCAAUUCUAUGCCUGGUGGUGCCGCAGUUGAUCCCAGGCAUAGGGUGCUUGGGAUACAGCAAAAAGUUCAAGGUCUGCUUGUGGGACACCAAACGCAAUUCAGCCAUCGUCAUGCAGGCAAUGGGUGCCAUAGCAUUCAUUGUAUCGACCGUGUUCAUCAUCUUCAGCUACUCUGCCAUCUAUCACUUCAUCCGCAAGCACAUCAAGAAGUCCUAUGCCACACUGCAGAUGAACAUCCCCAGUGUCAACCGCCCAGGCAAUGGACAUCAUCCUGGCAACAUCAACCAGAGAAGUACAGCAGGAAUCAACAAGCGACAGAUCCAAAUCACAAAGAACCUGGGCUGGGUCAUGGCGGUCUUCUUCGCCUGUGUUCUUCCUUACACCUGUAUUCUUUUAGUCCCGACCAAACGCGUUGCAGGGAUCUACAUUGCCAUGCUUUUUCUCCUCCCGUCUGCCAUCAAUCCAAUCCUCUAUGCCGCCAAACAUCCGCACUUCAGAGUCGUGUUCCGCUGCAUGGUGUACUGUAGAUAUUCUGCCAUUCCCUUGCCCUCUGCUGCUCUCAAGAAGAUACUGAAACAGUCCCCAACAAGAAGAAGAGUUUCCUUAUCCAAUUAUGCAGUGGAUGGACCAUAG